CCCCAAUCGCCCACUGUUCAGCGCAGAUCCGAGCUUCCUACUUUGGGCCGCUCGAGACUCAACACCUUUUGGCUUUCUGGUCGGCCUGCCUUUCCCUCUGGCACACCACCUCUACCACCACCAACCCAAAAUAUUCCCUCUCCCUCCUUCUUUAAUCCUCCACCACCAAUCCUCUCCCAUUCCCUCCCAUUCUCUAGGCCUUCACCCAGCCUAUCUUUUGACAUCGAUUCUAGAAGGCGUUGGGACUUCUUGAACACGACCACGGCCAGCGGCAUCACCAACGGUCGAAACUACCUGAUCCAUUUUUGCCCUUUGUCGGUCACCGAUUAGCACGCAGCCCGGAUCUGCGUGGGUGGAAAGUCUCACCAACAAAGAAAGAGGAGGAUAACAAGAGGACAUUGUCACGCCAUCUGACUUUGUCCGUGUGCCCCUGGGUACUUCCUGUCUCGUCUCGGGGCAGUGUAGAACAGCAGCAGAACUACAAGUCGUCGCUGUACGGUCGAUCUCUGGUCCCGUGGCGAUACUGUGUUUGGCUGCCGUUUUGCACCAGUAGAAGUGACGGGCCCUUUAUUUUUUGCACCUCAACAGGCGAUUGCAGCCCUUCGAACAUUACCUCAGUAACUCCCCGUCGGAUUUUGUGCUUGCUUUGUUCCUGCCUGGAGGCUCCCCCAAACCCUUCAAUCGAUACAAUUGUCUUAUCCCCCCCAACCAUCACAUUCGACCUGCUGCAGGUUGUACUUAAUGAGCCCCAUUGCGCGCUGAACACCUGCAGUCUCGGUUUGGGUCAUUUCUCCCACACAAGCCGACCGAAUGCCUUACACGCCGCCAACCCACCAUACGCCCUCGAGCUCCAAACAGUCUAGUCCCACUCCGAGCAGGUCUCACUCGUAUAUCAAAGGACCUUCACUUUCCCCAGAGUCUGCCGAUCGACCAAACCUCCCUCGUUCCAGCGGUUCCUCCUCAUAUCUCACCAAGCACCGACGGAGUCCUUCGCUGAAUGAUGCAGCAAAGAUCGAGGUUCUUCACAAUGGCGAGGCGUACGAGGUGAAUGGGGAUUUCGACCCCCAUGGUAGUAUACGCCAGUCGCCUCCGCCCGUGACAAAUGCAUUGAUACCUGCAGGGAUGACAAUAUCACCCCCGGACUCCUCCCAGAAUUCGAGCGAUGAGGAGGAACCUGAGCGAGGACGGUCGAGGGAAUUGGAGGAUCUCCAGGCCCUGCAAGAGGCUAUCCGGUCAAUAGAGCAAAGGAAGGUCACCGGAUCGCCCACUCGUGGAGAGGACAGCUCCUCUACCACAAGGACAGACGCCUUUGUUUCUCGUCUUGACGGGACGCAAUCGGCAGGUCCUGCAGUCCUGCGACUCCCCUUGUCGCAGGAGGCCCGGAAAAUCGCCCACUCGAGGUCGUCGACCGAUUCAAAUAUUGUCUUCGAAUCACCCUCAAAGCAAACCCCCACUGUGGCCAUUCGGCCAGACACUGAUGACAGCGACAGCGACAAUCCUCCCACUGAGCGACCGGCAAUGGUACGCAAGAAGUCAGGUGAACUCGUUCGUCCAGCUCUGCGCCCCUCCUCUCGGCGGCGGCCCUCAAGCAUGCCUGGGACACCUACCUAUUCAAAGGCCGUCCACUUUGACUCUCACCUGGAACACGUCAGACAUUUCCUACAAGUGGACCGUCCACUCGCCGUGAGUGCCGGUUCAUCGCCCGUAGAGAACUACGAGAGCGAGACUGAUUUCCCCUUUGGAUCCGAGGAGACCACUGCUCGUUCUCGCACACCCUCAUAUGAAUGGGAGAUCCGCUUGAACAAUUUCCCGAGUGACCUGGACGCUCGAAAGUCACAGCCUGUUUUCGUUGAAAGAGUAUUCCUCUCCUCCGAUAACAAGCACCUCAUCGGGACUGUCGCGGUACGGAACCUUGCGUUCCACAAGCUAGUCGUUGCUCGAUUCACAUUCGACUACUGGAAGACCACCUCGGAAAUCGUUGCAGACUACAACAACGAUGUUCGCCGGAAGGGCAACCACGAUGGCUUCGAUCGCUUCAACUUCAGCAUCAAGCUCGAAGACCAAGCAAACCUGGAAAGCAAGACAUUGUUCUUCUGCAUCCGCUACAAUGUCAACGGUCAGGAAUUCUGGGACAACAAUGCCAAUGCCAAUUACCAAGUGGACUUCAGCAAGAAAUCCAAGUCGCCACCAAGCAAGUCUGGGCCUGGCCUGGGUGAGAGACCCCUCAAUGCCUUGCCUCGUAGUCGACCAUCACCACCUGCCUCUUCUGGAAGGCCGGUCUCGAUGCCUACCUCCUUUGAUGACUUCUCGACUGGUUUUGACAGCUUUGGAAGCUUCAUGCAGUCCCCCAGCUCACUGAUGGGCGAGCCCAAGCUCAAGCUGAGGAGUCCCAAAUCCAAAGCAGAACUUCUGCCCGAUGCUCCCCAGCGCCGUAAGCAGGCUGGGCCGCAAGCAUUUGGGAACCGAUAUGAUUUCAAGACAUCGUUGACGGCCGCAAAGAACAACGCGUAUGCUGCCAUGGGCGAGUGGUCUGGCUUGGGUCCAAGGACGUACACAAAGCAGUCUUCCCACGAGGUCUCUGCGACUACUCCUGUGCAGAGUGUUGCAAAUGCUGCUCCCAAGCAUGAAACUGGCGUCAACGGUGUCAAAGCCGGAGCCAAUAAAACGGCUCCUGCUGCUGCUCCCUUGACAUCCAAGCCGGCUGCUUUGCUCUCUGAGAAACCUUCUCUGAGCUCACAGAGCUACAAGGAGCUUGUGGACAAGUACUGCUUUUUUGGGACUGUCAAGGUUGAUGGUUCGGCGGACUCUACCUCCGCGUCGGAGAGCAAUGGAGGUAGUUCGUCUGAUUCGUCUGGCUCCACGACGCCCACACCACCUCGAAGCAUGUCGCCCGUCCGGGAUGCUCAAUCAUCGAAGUCAUUUGCGCAGUAUGUCGCGCGUUCUCCGUCACCUUUGUCAACGGGCGGGUUCUUUGGAUCUCGCUCCGGGUCGCCGGCAUCCUUCGGAUAUCCAUACCACUCGGCGACCCAACAUACCUUGAUGUCCGAGUCACCUACACCGACAGCAAUUCAAGGAUAACAUCCAUUUCAACACCUGCAAGAGUUCUUGCAACAACCUGGCCAACACCGUCCGAUGUUGGCCACGGCAGCACAUAGAAAGACUGAACUAAUCGAUGCGGUCGGACAGUUUUCCAUGUCCGACGUCCUCGACAGAUCCCAGUACACCACUCCGGCAGAUGGUUAAUACGGGAUAUCCCGGUCGGAGACACCACGACGAGAGCAUCUUUUCGUCCGGGGCGGAUCAAAAUCGUUUGCUUUGCUUGUCUGCUGUUCUUUUAGCGACCCAGACAAAUUUCCUCACCUUCUCCAGCAUUAUCCGGAUUACGGCACUUUCGUUUCUCGGGCGGCGUUCGCGAGGAAUUCUCCCCACUAUUGUUAAUAGACGCUCCUCCUCAAAUCCAAACUCGGCGGUAAACUGACAACGAUCGCCAACAGAGUUUUUAGACUGGACAUUAUGAGGAAAUGGCCCAAUGGGCCAAUGCCGCCGAGGAGCCACUGGAAUCCGGCAGAUCACAAAAGUUCGAUGGGGUUGAAGGCGUUGAACUUGCUUUCUUGUAAACACUUUUUGGGACGUGUUUGGGUGUUGCGGCACAGUUGUGGGAUUUUUGGGCCGAGGUCAACGGGAUUUGAAAGGUCAAGGUCGCUCGCAGAUGUCCCUGGAUGAAGAUCACGUCUUUAGUGGGCUUGGUCGCUCGGAUUGUAUUGUGGCCUGUAUAGGAAGGGUCCUUUUUGUACUAUGGCCUGGCAAUUUCGGAGCGACUAGUGAUUCGAGGAAACGAUUUGGACGUGAUACGGCUCAGGAUCGGUUCUGAUUUUUGGGAGUGGGCACCAGGGUAGAGCGACUUUCGUAUCCUUUCUUUUGAACCAAAUCAAUCAUAGUUCUCUUGGUUGCGUCUGUCGUUAAUGCCAUCAUGAGGUACAUACGAUAGCGAAUGCAAGAUUUGAUGACAUGACUGUUCGGUGCUCGGUUGCUGUUGUAUGUUGCGAGGCCACAAUGUUGCUCAUUCUCCCUGUGGGUCUUGAGUUGGCCUCGUUCCAGAUCCUUUGCCUGUGUCCCUCUUUUUUGGUCUUGAUUGUGGAAAUGUCGGUGGCCUUGCAUCACCUCAUACAACGGGAAGCAAUUGGGGUGGCUGAGGCUGAGGUAAAGGUGGCAAGCCUAUAGUAGGG